AUGCAGUACGCACGCAGCAUUGUAGAGUUUCUCCUUCCUUCCUUCCCUUUCCCCCUUUGUUUGACUUCGAUGAGGCUACUCCGUAGUAGACUAGUUGGUAAGAAAAUAGGUUUUGCUUAUUUGAUCAUACGAUUGAGGGUUUGUUUUACCUUGGGUGGUGGUGGAGUUAGGGGUGCUAAGCAGAGUAGUGUGACUGAAUUGAACUUAAUCAUGGAUAAAGUUGGCUAUAUGACGAGAGCAAAGCGAGAUACUUAG